CUGAGACAGAAAAAUGGCAGUGAGUCCCUCUGUAGUCCCUGUGGCCCUGACGGCUUCGGUGGUACCAGUCUUGUCAGCGAGUGGCGAUUUCUCAAACUUGCGGGAAAUUAAAAAGCAGCUGCUACUUAUCGCCGGCCUUACCAGGGAGCGGGGCCUACUGCACAGUAGCAAAUGGUCCGCCGAGUUAGCCUUCUCCCUCCCGGCGUUGCCUCUGGCCGAGCUUCAGCCGCCUCCGCCUAUUACAGAGGAGGAUGCCCAGGAUAUGGAUGCUUACACCCUGGCCAAGGCCUACUUUGAUGUUAAAGAGUAUGAUCGGGCAGCACAUUUCCUGCAUGGCUGCAAUAGCAAGAAAGCCUACUUCUUGUACAUGUAUUCUAGAUAUCUGUCUGGAGAAAAGAAGAAGGAUGAUGAAACAGUUGAUAGCCUAGGUCCUCUGGAAAAAGGACAAGUAAAAAAUGAGGCUCUCAGGGAAUUGAGAGUAGAGCUCAGCAAAAAGCACCAGGCUCGGGAACUUGAUGGAUUUGGCCUUUAUCUGUAUGGUGUUGUGCUUCGAAAACUGGAUUUGGUGAAAGAGGCUAUUGAUGUAUUUGUGGAGGCUACUCAUGUUUUGCCUUUACAUUGGGGAGCCUGGCUAGAACUCUGUAACUUGAUUACAGACAAAGAGAUGCUGAAGUUCCUGUCUUUGCCAGACACCUGGAUGAAAGAGUUUUUUCUGGCUCAUAUAUACACAGAGUUGCAGUUGAUAGAGGAGGCCCUGCAAAAGUAUCAGAAUCUCAUUGAUGUAGGCUUCUCUAAGAGCUCAUAUAUUGUUUCCCAAAUUGCAGUUGCCUAUCACAAUAUCAGAGAUAUUGACAAAGCCCUCUCUAUUUUUAAUGAGCUAAGGAAACAAGACCCUUACAGGAUUGAGAAUAUGGACACAUUCUCCAACCUUCUUUAUGUCAGGAGCAUGAAAUCUGAGUUGAGUUACUUGGCUCACAACCUCUGUGAGAUUGAUAAAUACCGUGUAGAAACGUGCUGUGUAAUUGGCAAUUAUUACAGUUUGCGUUCCCAGCAUGAGAAAGCAGCCUUGUAUUUCCAGAGAGCCUUGAAAUUGAACCCUCGGUAUCUUGGGGCCUGGACACUGAUGGGACAUGAGUACAUGGAAAUGAAGAACACAUCUGCUGCCAUUCAGGCCUAUAGACAUGCCAUUGAGGUUAAUAAACGGGACUACAGAGCCUGGUAUGGCCUUGGGCAGACCUAUGAGAUUCUAAAGAUGCCAUUUUACUGCCUUUAUUAUUACAGACGUGCUCAUCAGCUUCGGCCCAAUGAUUCUCGUAUGCUGGUUGCUUUAGGAGAAUGUUAUGAGAAACUCAAUCAACUCGUGGAAGCCAAAAAGUGCUAUUGGAGAGCUUACGCUGUGGGAGAUGUGGAGAAAAUGGCUCUGGUGAAACUGGCAAAGCUUCAUGAACAGUUGACUGAGUCAGAACAGGCUGCCCAAUGUUACAUCAAAUAUAUCCAAGAUAUCUAUUCCUGUGGGGAAAUAGUGGAACACUUGGAGGAGAGCACAGCUUUCCGCUAUCUGGCCCAAUACUAUUUUAAGUGCAAACUGUGGGAUGAAGCUUCAACUUGUGCCCAAAAGUGCUGCGCAUUCAAUGAUACCCGGGAAGAAGGUAAGGCCUUGCUCCGGCAAAUCCUGCAGCUUCGGAACCAAGGAGAGACUCCUUCCACCGAGAUGCCUGCUCCCUUUUUCCUCCCUGCUUCACUGUCUGCUAACAACACUCCUACGCGCAGAGUUUCUCCACUUAACCUGUCUUCAGUCACACCAUAGUUGGCUACUUUCAAGCUUGCACAUUGCCAGACCAAUAUUAAGCCUUACCUCCAUGUAAAAAAACAUCCAUGUCUUCUUGUAAGGACCUUAGUUCUUUGUGUGUGUACAGAUGGAAACUCCUUGGGCAUAGUUUAUAGAAUCACCUUCAGAGUAGACUGACAGAAGAAUCCUGGCAGGAAAGACAUUGUCUUUUACCAGUUAGAAGCACUUCUAUCUUCCUUAUGUUCAGAGAGUAGGUACAGAUUUUGGCUUUCUUCCUGGUUUUCCCCACCCCUGCCCCCAAAUUCUCUGUAAUAGCACUUUAGCACCUGCAAGGUUACAGGAAAACGUUCUAAUGCUGCUGGGAGUGGAUGAUUUCUUGAGAGGUAAGGAAGGGAGAAGUCUGUUGACUCUACCCUCUGCUGACAGUAGGGUCACUGGAUACCCUAGCACGGUCAGGGCACUGGAUGGACAUGACCUUGUUGUUCUUGUGUUUGCUGAACAUGACUAUUCUGGUGUCAGAAAUUAGGUCUAAAUCAAGUUAAAGAUGUACAUUUAUUCUUCCUCUAGGGAGACAUUCUUCCAAAACAUGGUUUUGAAGAGUCUCCUAGAUUUCAAAUUGGAGGUAACUGACUGGAGUUGAAUAAAAGGGACAAAAGAAUCUCACUGAGCAUGAAGGGCCCCUACUGAGGGCAAAAGAUGUCUUACAGAGUAGAUAUCCCUCACUUAAGUGAAAUAAGGAGACAAGAUUACAAGUAAUUUUGUGGACAUUUGGAAAUAAACUCAU